ACCCGAAGAUAGUAUAUCGAGAAGCUAUCGUCGGAUGAUAUACGCGCGACAUGUUCAGGAAUUGAUAAAAGUUAGGACUUGGGACGAAAAAAAAGAAUCAGAGAUUCGCUCUGAUUCUACUGAUCGUAAGAGCAACGAAAGUCAAGGGAAAUCGAGAAGAUCGGGAUCGCAUUCCAGCGACGUUGCUAGUUGCCAGGGAGAGAUCGAUGGUAUUCCGUAAGAAUGACGUAACCUGACGAAAAAAGACGCAAACGGUUCUCGCGCCGAGCUGAUCGCCCGAGGCCCGAGCUCGAGCGACCCGUUUUCAGGUUAUGUCGUCAUCGGAGCAGCCGCCUUUAUCGUCGAGGGGACUCUGAGAAUCUUGGAGAGAAGAUAGCGCAAAAGCUGUAGAAUUUGAUGAAAACAGAGCAAGAACAAAAUAAACGGCAAAAUGGUUUUUGAAUCAAUCAUUGCGGAGCUCCUCAACAAGGUGAUCGGCGAGUAUAUUGAGAACUUGGACUAUACGCAACUUAAAGUCAGUCUCUGGGGAGGAGAUCUUGUAUUAAAUGAUCUGUUAAUAAAAGAAUCUGCAUUAGAUGUGCUAGAUCUUCCUGUAAGAUUGGAAUAUGGCCGUUUAGGAAAAUUGAUACUAAAAAUUCCAUUUAAAGAUAUGUGGAAUGGUCAGAUUGAUGCUAUAGUCGAAGAAUUGUUUAUAUUAGUAGUGCCUACAAGUCAGGUUGCAUACAAUGAAGAAAAAGAAAGCAAAGCGCAGUUGGAAGCCAAACGAGCAGAACUCGACAGAGUAGAAAAGAGGAAGCAGUUAGAAGAUAUAAAAUCACAAGAAAAACUGGACGACUCGAUGGUUGAAAAGCUGGUCGCUCGUAUGAUCAAGAACAUUCAUGUAGAGAUCAAGAGAAUUCAUGUGCGAUACGAGGAUCAUGUUACUUUUAAAGAACAUCCAUUUUCCGUCGGUUUCACCUUGAACACCUUCGUUCUGGAAAGUUGCACAGAUUCGUGGGAGACGACAGGCAAUCUGAAGGAUAUGUAUGCCAUUCCGCAGAUCUUCAAACUGUGUAGCCUGGACGGACUGGCCGUUUAUCUCAACACAAGCGUGGAGCAGUACAGCAAGAGCCCACAGUCCUCAUAUUCCAAUCUCUUCUGUCAAGGUAUCGCGACCACGGAUUAUAUUCCGACGGGUUAUCAAUAUCUGUUAGGACCGAUCAACGUCAAGUCCAAGCUCAGACUUAAUCCCAAACCCGAAUCGGACAAUAGCGAUUACACUAUUCCCAAGGUAUGGCUGGAUCUGGAAAUGCAAAAAUUGCGAAUCGGUUUGACGAAGCGGCAGUAUCAGACCUUGAUACGGCUGGGCGAAGGCCUCGAUCAGGCGCGAAAAGCCGCCCCAUACCGAAAGUACCGGCCGAAUUUGACAUCGUAUCGCGGCCAUUACAAGGAGUGGUGGCAUUUCGCGUAUACUUGUGUCCUCGAGGAAACCGUACGAAGAUAUCGUCGUAACUGGAAUUGGAUUCACAUGAAACAGCAUCGCGAUACUUGCCGCGAUUACGCCCAAGCCUACCAAACGAAGCUAACGACGAAGAAGCUUGCGAAGGAGAUCGCGGAGCAAUUGACGCAUUGUGAAAUGAAAUUAGACAUCUUUAAUCUGGUAAUCAUACGGCAACAGAUCGAGAUGGAGGUGGAGAGACUGGCAGAGCGAGAAAAGAGUCUGAAGGCGAAACGAGGUUGGUUCGGCUUCCUGUGGAACAGUUCGCAAGCCGAGGAAACAAAAGAACUCAAUUCAGCUGCGGCUAUUAUGCGCAGAUUCGAGGAAGCGAUGACGCCGCAAGAGAAGGAGAAGCUUUAUCGGGCAAUCGACUAUCAAGAAAACAGCGCACCAGCACACUAUCCGGAAACAUAUGAAAUGAUCGAUACUUGUUUCUAUCUGCAUGGUCUACAGAUUUCUCUGCUGGACACAGAUAAAGAGCACUCGUGCAUUUUGGACUUGCAGCUGCAUGGUGUACGAGCGGGUUUUAAAUCGCGACCGUCUGCAAACGCGAUUCUCGUCACCGCCUCCAUCAGUGAUAUGAAGCUAUUGGGUGUGACACAAGACGGCCAUAUUCCCUCGCUUUUCAACCCAGAACAUGGCAGUUCUGACAGCGCCUUGCUGUCGGUUUCUUACGAGAAAAAUCCGAUUGACAAGUUGUGCGGCGAUCGCGUCAUCGUUAAGUCCCGAUCCGCCGACAUAAUCUAUGAUGCACAAACCAUUAUAGAACUGGUCAACAUGUUUAAGGUGCAAGACUCUUCGACGCUAAACCAGCUACAGACAGCAGCAGCGGAGCAAUUAGAGGGCUUGAAGGAAAUGUCGGCGCUUGGGCUAGAGUACGCUAUACAAAAACAUUCAAUCCUAGAUAUACAAGUGGAUAUGCAGGCCUCACAACUUAUCAUACCGCAUGGGGGCUUUUAUGGAGACUCAAAAUCAUUGAUCGUCGUCAAUCUUGGCAGUUUAAAGAUGCAUUCCUUGGAGAAUGGCAAGAGUGACAUGGCUGGCGCCAGCGUUAAACAACUAGUUAGCAUGGGCAAGAGCGAAGAGGAAGUGCUUCUGCACUUGAGGGAGCAUAGUUAUGACAAAUUUGUUUUGGAGAUAGUUAACUUUCAGGUGCUAGUCUCAUUGCCGAACGAAGAAUGGCGAUCAGCUCUUGCAAGCACCGAGAGUUCCCUGACGUUACUUCAUCCGACCACAUUAGAGAUCCAGUUCCAUAAAUGUUUGGUGAUGGACGAUCCUUUGUUGCCGAAACUCCGACUUCUUGGUCGCCUGCCGUCAGUAACCGUGAACAUAACGGAUGUUCGAUUACUACAGGCGCUGUCGAUUGCACAGAGCAUUCCGCUGCCCGAAGAAGAAAAAACCGCAGAACUACAUCGAACAUCUCUUUCUAAAUCCAUCUCACAAUUGUCACUGAAAGAGCUUGGUACCACGAUAUCCACUAUUGCCGACAAGAGAAAGCAACAAGAAGGAACAAUGUCUGUACCGAUAAAGCAGACUACUGAUUUGGAAAUGAAAUUCGAAAUGAAGGAAUUUACGCUUUCGAUAUCUAGGCAACGUGAUGACAAUGUGGAAUCGGAAUUUGUCAGAUUCCAGGUGCUGCAGGUAGAGGCAGAAAUGCUGCAGCGUACAUACGAUCAAGAGGUGCAAUUGCGACUAGGCGGCGUGCAAUUGCGACAGCUGCAUGAAGAUCAAGAGAUUUUCAUUGUGAAUACACCGAUGUCGACCGGUAGAGAUGAAUAUCUAAUUGUUGUGCGGUACAUAAAUGUAAAUAAACGCUCGCCAGAAUUCAUCACGCGACACGGUUCUGUCGUGAAAUUGUUAGUACUGGAAUUCACUUCGCUAGACAUGUUAUUGCAUCAGGAGGCGCUCAUUGAGUUGCUACGGUUUAGCACAUAUAUACAGGACCGAAUGAAUUCGCUUGAAGGUGUUCAGAAGAAAGAAGUCGAACAUCUUCGACCAACUCAGCUCGCUUCUAUCCAAGAAGAAACUUCCGGUUUCUUUAAGGAGCAGAUGCAGAGACAAAAAUCCAGAUCCACUGGACGACGUAGAAGACAAACAGUCGAGUGCAUCGAUUUAAAAGUGAGUGCUAAGGUCGGCUCGAUUAAUCUGAAAAUCUCCAGCGUUAUUCGAGAUAUUAGCGCACUCUACAUCGAGGGCCUCAGCGCUAGUUUUCUCAGCAAGUCUUCGUAUUCGCAAGUGAAUGCUGAUUUAGCCUCCAUCAGCAUUAAAAAUCUUAAUCCUGCUUCCGUGUACAAGGAUAUUGUGGCCGUAGAGGGUACCGAAUCUUUGCAGAUUCAAGCGGUUAUGUAUAACAUCGAGUCAUGGGAAGUGGAUAAAAACAACAUGUCCGUCAAAGUGACGAUGGGUUGCCAUCGUAUCGUCUUCCUGAAUGCGUUUGUUACCAGCGUGAUGAAUUUCUUGAACAACUUUCAAACAGCGCAGAAAGCUAUCAAAGACGCUUCGGCGGCAGCGGCGGAAGCUGCGAGGACAAACAUUAAGGAUGUUCAAGAAAGCGCCUCUCGCAUCCAGUUAUGUAUCAAAAUCAAGGCACCUGUCGUAUAUGUACCGAUGAACUCCAAGAGCGAGUACAGUUUAAUGUUGGAUAUGGGCAAUCUUAUGGUGUGCAACGUCUUCAAGAAAUUGGAAGCGACAAAUGAGGAAACCAACGAAUGUCCCAUAGUGGAUGAAAUGAAAAUUGAGCUUCAGAACUUGAAGCUUUUGCGAGUCCGACUGAAUACGGAGAAAUUUAUUAACGAAAACGAAGUGCUUAUACUAGAGCCGGUGACGUUUACGCUGCUAAUGAAGCGUAAUCUGUCAACCGCUUGGUUCACCGCUAUUCCGGACAUUGAUAUGUCGGGCAGGUUGAAUAAAAUUAAUCUACUAUUGAGCAAAGAAGAUUAUGCUACAAUUCUAAAGGUACUGGAGCAGAAUCUGGGCGAGACCUUCGAAGAUUCGAAACUUGUGCAACCUGUACCAUCUACUGUGAAAUCCGAAUACAGCGGAGAGCUACAGAUUCAGCCGGCGUACAAAUACGAAGUCAGCACAUCGCAAGAACCGCCAUCGACGGAUUCGCAGGAGCGACAUGCCCACACGUUCGUCAAGUUCGAGUUUAUCAUGGAUAGCCUGGUGAUCAAUUUAUUUACCGGCGGUUCCAAGCUGCUGCAGUCGCAAACAUCGCCGCUGCAUUUGCCCGAGAAUGGAUUAGCGCGCUUCAGUCUCACGCAUUUUGCCGUGAAAGGUCGCGUAUUUGCGGAUGGAUUGCUGGCCACAUCAAUUCUGUUGAUGAACUGUACACUAGAUGACACACGACAGAGUCGAGAAGGUUCUUUGGUGCGAAUCAUGGAGAGAAUCAGCAUGCCGAGCGGCGGUGCCAGCGAAGAUCACCUCGACAAAGAGCAUGCCAAGUACAAUACCAGAAGCAUGCUGGAUGUGACGGUGCGCCAGAGUCCGAAUGACACAUUCGCCGACGUGCGUGUAUUCUCCUUCAGUAUUAUCGUGUCCCUUGAUUACCUCAUGAAGAUCAAGGACUUCUUCGACGUAGAUACUGCGGGCAAGACUAUCGCCACAACCUCCCUGCAGUCUUCGUCGAAAGGCGAAUCGGUGGUAUCAUCAAAGAAAAAACAUCCGACACAACAACCAGUUGCUCCGACGCCCAAAAUGUUGACUGUGAAUCUACAUGUGGAGAAACCGGAUAUUAUUCUGCUCGAGGACAUGGACGACAUCAACUCGAAUUGCAUAAUAUUGAACACAGAGCUGUUAUUGAAAAUGCGCAUUAUGGGAGAACACCAAGUGAUCACAGGCUCCAUUAAGGAUUUCUCUCUACUCACGGGGAUAUAUAAUCCUACGAAAAGAGCCGAUUGGAUCUAUCAGGUCCUGAAACCAUGUAGCAUCAGUGUUGCCGGUUCCACGCCGGAAGGUAAAGGACUUCACUUGGACAUUUGUUGUACAGAUAUACACAUAUCUGUUUCGCCAGGUGUGAUCGAAAUAUUGAAUAAGGUCGUUCACACGAUGACAAAGAAGGAGGAGGAGGACAAGGAAGUCAUUAAAGCCGAACCGAAUUAUGAAGGAUUGUGGAUUGUCACACCCUUCGAGGAGAACGAUUAUUGGUUUUUAAAGACAGAAAUUGCGCUGGAAGCUCUUGAAGAGUUUACAUAUCCAGAUGAUGAAAUUACAACUGCUUAUAAAUCCGAAUUAGCAAUUAUUUCGGCUCCGACAAUCUUGUUUACUCUCGAGGCAGGUGUCGGGAACAAAACUCUACCCAUGUUACUGCUUCAUGUGGGCUUUCAAAGCAACAUCAAUGAUUGGAGCACGAAAACGAUGGGCGUCGAUUGUACGAUGUCUGUAAUCAUGGCGUACUAUAACAGCCGCCUAGCUCUGUGGGAACCGUUGAUUGAACCGAUAGAAGGUUCUGAUAAUGGCAAACGUGUUUCUACACCGUGGGAGUUAAAGACAAAGGUUCAAUUUAAUGAUAUAUUACUGGACUCGAGAGGCGCUAGCGCGGUUAGUCCCACUUCGGAUAGCGAGCCUGAAGAACUACCAAAUCAGUCCACUAAGAUGUCCAUCGACAUCACAUCUUCUGACAAUCUGGAGAUAACUGUAACAAAGACAUGUUUGGACGUGCUGAAGCAACUCGGCCAAUCGUUUUCCUCGGCUAUGGAAGCCAGUGGAAAAGGACCUACUAAGAAGGUGGCGCCGUACAUGCUGAAGAACGAAACUGGUCUGCCAAUGAUACUUGAUUUGGAACAUAGUCUCUUUAAGAUAUUCGAUGAUGGAUCAAGAAUACAGAAUGAUAGCAAUUCGUACAUGGAAGUAAUCCUUGAGACCGGUGCGUCGAUUGAACUGGCACCAAAGACAUCCAAGUUGGAUACACAUCUUCUCAAACAGUUAAAAGCAGAAACCGUGAAAGACAGGGAGGAUAGUAAAUUUACUGUUUCUUUUAAAGGUAUCCAAGGCAAAUUGGCGAUACCUGUUUUGAAGGCGGACAAGAGAUUCUUCUCUUUGAAGUACCGUAAAGAGGGCUCCGAGGAAUGGGGCAUUGUAUCGGACGUCAUUGUGGAAGAAGGUAGCACGAUCGUCACUCUUAGAAGCAUACUUCAGAUCCACAAUCAUUUUGCGCAGCCGAUAGCGGUUUAUUAUAUGACGAAGCGCGGAAACGAGGUUGAGUGCGUAGGAACGGUGGCACCAGAUGAGAAGCUCAAUUUACCCCUCGACGCUGUGUACACUCCGACCAACAUCUAUUGGCUCUUCUUUAGUGUUGAAGGAUACAUGGUGUCAGUUGAGCCAUUCAUCUGGAAGGAUCUACAGAAAACAGUUUCCAUGACAAAGCUACUAAAAUGUGAAUCUCGAUCCAAGCAGGAUGUCACAGAACCAUUUUAUAUUCAGGCCGUAGGAGAAAUCGAACAGGUGUAUUUUGAAAAUACUACUCGUCACACCAUGGCUAGUACCAUCUACAAUGUACAUCUAUAUCCAUCCAUAUAUCUGAAAAACUUUCUGCCGAUCGAUAUCAUCAUCUCUUUGCCAGGCAUUGUUCAGGAGAAUUUACUCGAAGCCAGUGCUUCCUUGCAACUGCCCACGAUCGAUCCAGUCAAAUCAAGUAUAAUUAUCAAGUUGCCAAAUUACCUGGAAAAGGACUGGUCGUGUAAAGGUGAAAUUGUGGCAAACCCACCUGAGUUCGCAGUCUGGUCCUUCGAGUCCUUCGAUAGCGCGCAGAAAGUAACAUUGGAUCUCGGAAUGCAUACAUCCUACAAAUAUGGUUCGAUCGUCAUGGCGCUGUACUGUCCUUUCUGGAUGUUGAACAAGACUGGCCUGAUGUUAUCCUACAGAAAGUCAAGUAAGGGUGGCAAAGAGCACUCGAGUCCGAUCAAGAAAUUCGUUUCCACUAUGAAACCCCAUCAGCAACGAAGGAGGAGGAAAACGCGCGCGACAACGGAUGAUUACUUGAAUGUCCUGUACCACCCGGAGCACUUUAAGGGACCUAUUCUGUUUUCAUUCCGUUCGAAGGCUUUCUUUGGCAAGAAGAAGGCCAUGAUCAGAGUGGAGGACGGAGAGUGGUCUGAAAAAUUCUCAAUUGACGUUGCAGGCAGCGAGGGUGUGGUGGCAUGCAAAUACAACGGAAUGACAUAUCAGAUUGGAGUACAUAAUCAACUGACCUACAACUCAUUGACCAAACAAAUUACAUUUACACCCUACUACAUACUCAUCAAUAAUGCAGAUUUUCUCAUAGAAUGCCAAGAGGGCGAUCGUCCAGCGGAUCCGAUGAUCAAAGUACCUCCCGGCGAAUGCGCAGCUUUGUGGCCUCGAAUCGAGCAUGACAACAAAACUUUGAGGGCCAAGGUCGCGGGUCAACCCGAGAAAACCGCGGCUUUCAUUUACACUGAUAGUCACACAACUUUAUUGAAAUUAGAUAAUAAGUACGGAGGGAUCAAUGUAGAUGUGCAAAUCAGUGAAGGUGGUGUCUACAUCUCUCUGUCAGCAUAUAGUUCAGGUAACGCACCGGCUCUGAUCAUCAAUCAUACUCCGUAUACCAUCAAUCUGUGGGAGAAGGGUUCAAUCAACGUCAGGUCCAUACAGUCGUACAACAGAAUGUUUUAUACUUGGGAAAAUCCAGCAGGUCCGCGAAAAAUCGUCUGGGAAGAUAAUAACGGCAAGGAAAUCGAAGAUAAUCUUCGUAAAGAUAAUCUCGGUACCUUCCAAUUGCCGGACGUAAAUGAUAAACUGUUCUACGUGUCGUUUCUAGACGGUACUCAACGAGUGCUUUUAUUCACUACGAAUCUGAAGAUAGCCGAAGAUUGUCAGCUGGCUGGUGAUCUUGAAAUAAUCGAUCAGGAAAUAAUGUUGAACAUACACGGUAUUGGGUUCUCUCUUGUGAACAAUAUUACCAAAUCCGAAUUGUUAUACAUGUGCAUCGCUAGUUCUGGAAUUAUAUGGGAAACCCGCAAGUCCCUCGGUGGCCGAUGGCGAGCGUUAACCGCCAAGGAGGUCAAUGCCAUCGAGGAGGGAUAUCAGCGAUACAUUAAGGAAUUGCAGAUUGGCAAGGAUGCAGACUAUCGGGUAAUGCUGGAGCCAAAGUUAAUGGUGGAUUAUCUGAAUAUGGAAAUGUUGAAGCCACAUCGUAGAUACAUGCGACGUACAUUUCAGACUGGACUUUGGCUACAAUACCGCACUUCAGCGCAUCAAGUACAGUUGCAUGCAAAGAUCAAUAGACUGCAGAUCGAUAAUCAAUUAUCAGAGUGUGUCUUCCCGGUUAUAUUGGCUCCGGUUCCACCGCCAAAGAGCGUAACGCAGAGCACAGUAAUGAAACCUUUUGCGGAACUCAGUAUGGUAAAACGCCUACUGGAGCAUAGUACCGUGCAACAAUUUCGAUAUUUUAAAGUUCUCGUACAAGAGUUCCACAUCAAGGUGGACAUCGUUUUUUUGAAUGCGAUAAUGAGCCUUUUGGAAGCAAACGAAGUCAAUGAUGCGGAGGAGAGUGCAUUAUUCCGUACUGAUAUGAAACUGGUCAAUGAACCGCUCAUGUAUCACGUCAGCCUGAUUACCACGGCUGAGCAAAAGAACUUUUUCGAUCUACUGCAUUUCUCGCCACUUAAGAUACACAUCAGUUUCUCGAUGACUGGUAGUGGCAGUGGACCCUCUGCAAUGCCACAAGUGCUUAAUGUGCUGUUGCAAGGAAUAGGUGUGACACUAACGGAUAUUAACGACAUCGUGUUCAAAUUGGCGUAUUUCGAGAGAAACUAUGUAUUCAUGACAAACAAACAGCUCAUCUCCGAAGCGACUACUCAUUAUGCAGGCCAGGCGAUUAAACAGGCUUAUGUGCUCGUGCUGGGACUUGAUGUCAUCGGUAAUCCGUACGGGCUUGUGGUCGGGACUAUGAAGGGCAUUGAGGAUUUGUUCUACGAACCUUUCCAAGGGGCCAUACAGGGCCCGGGAGAAUUCGCGGAGGGUCUGUUUCUUGGAGUGCGCAGCAUGUUGGGCCAUACCGUCGGCGGAAUGGCGGGCGCAGUGUCGAAGAUCACGGGAGCAAUGGGCAAGGGUAUAGCUGCUCUGACCUUCGACAAAGAUUACCAGCGAAAGAGACAAGAACAGCUGACCAAACAACCUGCCAACUUGCAAGAAGGUCUCGCUCGAAGUGGAAAGGGUUUAGUAAUGGGUGUAGUCGACGGUGUAACAGGUGUGGUAAUGAAACCUAUAUCAGGAGCAAAAGAAGAAGGAGUAGAAGGGUUCUUCAAAGGAUUCGGAAAGGGUGUCGUUGGACUCGUUACCAGACCUACUGCCGGCGUUAUUGACUUUGCGAGCGGUUCCUUUGGAGCUGUCAAACGAGCUACCGAGUUGAACGAGGAGACAAGGAGAGUACGAUCGCCUAGAUUUCUGCAACCAGACAGUCUUGUUAGACCUUACAUAAAGGAAGAAGCUGAAGGCAACAAGAUAUUGAUGGAGCUGGAGAAAGGAAAAUACGCACAUACGGACGUUUAUGUCUAUCACAUAUUUAUUAACAAAGAUGUACUGUUGCUCACUGACAAAAGAUUAUCAUACCUCGAACAUAAUGAUCUGUUUGGUGGUUGGCGGGUUGACUGGACUCAUACUUGGAACGAAUUUAGCGAAUCACCAAAGAUUGUAGAGAGAGGUGUGCAAAUCUUUCUUAAAGACACCAGCAAAAAGAAGAAAUUCGGCGGUUUUUUUGGUAGCGCGGAUCAAUCAAAGAUACUUUUAAUAACGGAUCAAAAUAUUAAACAGUUGUUGUGCAGUAAAAUACAGGAGCAGAUCAACCAAUACGGAGUAUAACGACGAACAUUUGAACAACUUCGAAUUAUAAAUGAAGCAAAAGAGGCUUUCUUGCUUUCGGAACGCUUUAUAAGCGAGUUCGCACAAUUUCUAAAUACAUUUUCUAUUAUUUAUAAGACUGAUACUGCGUGCACGUGAUAAUCGUAACAGUCUAAGGUAUAAAAAGGACAUCAAUGACCAUAUUGAGAAAACAAUCGUGAAAGAACGUAGUAACUUUUUCACUUUUUAUCACGCAGUUGUUCAAAAUUUUUUUAUUACCGUAUUAUGAUAUCGAAAAAAAAAAAUGUUAGAUCGUUGCGAAAGAUUCAUCGAAAAGUUUUAAAAAUAUGAUGUAUAUGUUGUUUCGAAGUAAUUUUUAU